AUGUCAGUUUCCAUGGGAAAGGUAUUUCCCAAACUCAAACCUUCUACAAAUGAUGAUGAUUCUUCAUCUUCAUUUGUAUUUCGUCCUGACCUCAACAUAAGAUUGAUUUGUCCUAAUUGCAAGAAUCCUCGUCCUAAAAUCAUUGAAGAAUAUGCUAAUGGCGAUCUAGUAUGCGGUGAUUGUGGUCUUGUCCUUGGUGAUCAUAUGAUUGAUACUCGACCUGAAUGGCGUUCCUUCCAAACUGAUGAUGGUGAGAAAGAUGUUUCUCGUGUUGGUGCUGCCGCUGAUCCAUUGUUACAGGGUGCUGCCUUGGAAACUACCAUCUCUUCAAAAGGAAGAGGUGAACUCGCCAAGACUCAUUUUAAGGCAACUGUUGACAAAAAUACUGUAAAUCUUAAACAUUCUCUUCACGAAAUUGAAACCAUGUGUACUUCAAUGGAUUUAUCUCAGGAAGUUAUUGAUACUACCAAACAGUUAUACAAACGCACUGUUGAGGAAAAAAUCGUGAGAGGAAAAAUUAAAAUUGCUUUUUACGCUGCUUGUAUUUAUAUUGCUUGUAGAAUAAAUAAAGUUGCAAGAUCUUUCAAAGAAAUCUGUGCUUCCACUCAAGUUUCAAAAAAACAUCUUGCACGUGCUGUUAAGAAUUUGGUUGCUACUUUUGAAUUAAAUAUGGGAUUAAUGACUUCUGAAGAUUUGAUGACAAGAUUUUGUAAUCGACUUGGACUCACUCCUGAUGUCGAAAGAAUUUGUAGUAAAAUUAGUCAACGUAUUGAAGAACUUGGUUUUUUAACUGGUAGAACACAGAAUACAGUCGCCGCUGCUACUAUCCAUUUCGUCACGAACUCUCUCAAUAUUUCUAUAUUAAUCGAAAAUAUUGCUUUGGUCUCUGGUAUGGCUGUUCCUUCUAUUAAGUCGGUCAGUAAAAUGAUUUAUGCUGAAAAAACGAAACUAGCUGAUUUGAUUGGUGAUCAAGGAGAAAAGGCGGAUGUCGUCUAUUCAAAUGUUGAAUAA